GUUACAGGUCACACAAUCAGGUUUCUUCCACACUGAGAUGUCGAUGAUGUCAGAUACCUUGGAUAAAAUGAAUAAGUUGAUAGGACCAAAACACCGCUUAAGUGGAAAGAGUUUGUACAUGCAAAACGAAAAUCCAACAUUUCUGAUGAUCGAAGAUCUCGCGCCUCUUGGCUUUCGCAUGGUCGCUGAUCGUGCAUCCGGUCUUGACCUAGCUCAUUCCGUAUUAGCUCUUCAUGGACUAGCCAGAUUUCAUGCAGCUUCUGUGGCCAUAUGCGAGAAGGUAAAUCAUCACGUGUGAUUCAGUCAUGUUUCAUUGCAAUUAUUAAGAUUAUAUAUAAAUGACACAAUUCCAAGAAUUAUCCAAAUUUUCAAAUGCAUUUAAUCCUAUCUUAAAAAAAGGUAUGAUAAGUCCGUACAGAACAUAAUAUCUAUUAGAUAUCCUCAUAUCCAUGAUAGGAUCAGCUAUCCAUAAAUCUCUAAUAAACAGCUAGUAGACAUCCUCUAUACAUCCAAAUGUCCGCAAUACGAGAUCUCAGAAAUAUCCAUAAGAUAUCUAAGCCAAUCGAUUACAUAUUUAUAUACCCAAAUAGC